UUUUUUUUUACGAGGAGGAAGCAUCGAAAGCCUGAACCCCAAGUCAGUGUGGAACUUUAAUCCGAACUAAACCUCCUACCGUCUUGUACCGUUCCCCCCGGUACCACCGUCAAGUAUUACGUCGGGAGGAUGGUUGAGUUACACUCAUACGUACGUGGUGGUCAAAAUGCAUUCAGUCACAAGUUGCAUUUACUUGGCCCCACCUCUGUUGGUCUAAUACCCCGCCUCGUACAUUGUUCGUCGCCAACCCUUCCCGUCACGUCAAUGUUAGUGUGUUCAAGUCGUAGUUGUUCGUUGUAUUUAACAGCUCAAUAUAUCUGUGUAAAAUCUCAUCUGUCGCGAGAACGGCUGAAAAUGCUCACCCACAAAAGUGCCCAACGUGUUGUAUGUGUUUGAUUAUGAGCAGGGAUGGGCACCACCACAAAAUGUAAAAAUUAAUAAUAAUUUAUAUUUAAUAUAAAUUAUAGUAAAAUUGGGUAAUAUAAUAAUUUAAAAAAGUAAAUUAGUGCUAUUUUAUAAUGAAAAAAUGGUUUUCAUUUCAUACGUAAAAUAUACAACUUCGUCCGCAUCGACCUGCACAGUCAACUGCUGAUUGCAGACUGAUUUUAUCGUCGUUUAUUUAUCGUAUUGUCCCAUCGUAGGUGCUCGUUUUACGUUCUUCGCUUGUGCGUGUUAGUGACAAUCGGUGUGUGUACGUAUACGAUCACUUAUGCUCUUUUAGCACCUACUAAGACUUUGCCCAUGCCUGAUUAUGAGUGACAAACUAUUGACUGAAAUUCAUAUGCCAGUGCCAAAUCGUCAAAAUGUACUGAACCGAACAUUGAAAUGUGAGCGAGCAUACGACAGAAUAACUUUGGAGCAACAAGUAUCAAGAAAUGUUCAAUUAAUUCCAUUAUUUAAUGAGCAGCAAAAGAGUGCCUAUGAUGAAUUGAUGAAGGCUGUCAAUGAUGGAAGCAGUGGACUAUUUUUUCUUGAUACGCCCAGCGGAACUAGGAAAACGUUACUGAUAUCGAUUAUUUUGGCAACAAUAAGAUCUCAAAAUGGCAUUGCGUUGGCUCUCGCAUCUACUGGAAUUGCUGCAACGCUACUAGAAGUUGGAAGAACGGCACAUUCGGCACUGAAGCAUCCGUUAAACAUGCAUAUCAAUGAAACACAUGUUUGCAACGCAAUCAGUUAUGGCAAAAUGUUGAAGAAUUGUGAACUGAUAGUAUGAGAUGAGUUCAAUUCUCUAGGACCACUUGACAGAACAGUGAAAGUUCUGUGGAAUAAUAAACGUCACUUUGGUGGCGUAAUGCUCCUGUUAGCAGGCGAUUUUUCACUUCUGUUAUUUCGAAAUCAACAACGGCGGAUGAAUUGAACACAUGUCUCAGGUCAUCCGAUUGUGGCGUGAAAACCACAACGGAUUGACUAUAAAUAUGCAAUUGUACCUAUAUUCCUUAGUUGGCUUUCGACGCGAAUAAACGUGCGAGCCCAUCACGAUUUUCUUGGUGAAUUUUUUCCAGGCGAAUUGGUGUUGCGAUUUUUCCGUAUUUUCUUUUGUGCGGUCAUUUGUUUACGUGGAGUAUAGGCACCGUUGCCUGCCGUGAGUAAGUAGUGCCGUGUUGUAGUUGUUACGGUCGCGUGUGAUUUUGUGUGAGUGCACAAUUUUGUGCAUUCUCCGCAUUUUUUGGGCGCGCGUGGUUACGGUUUUCCGUACGGACGUGCGUUUUUGUACAGUUUUGGUAGACUUGGUAAGUACAACAUUGUUGUUAUUAAAGUAGCGUGGGUAUCUACACAGUUGUUGUUGGUGGACUGUCGCACAGUUUCAGUGGUUUACCGUGUUGUUGGUAUUCCUGCUGGCUGGUCUAUCAGUGAGUGCUGUGCGGGUUCAGUUGCACCUGUAUCGGGUUUGCUCGGACAGUUUCGCCCAAAGGGUGCCAGCGACUGUCCAAGUGCUGAAGUAGCUGACUGGUGUGUAGAUUGCGGUCGUAGAAGUGGAGCCCACGGUGCGAUUUGGUGCAGUGCCACAGCGGUUGACUCGCGACCGUUACGGGGACAAUGAUCCAUCCAGCGGUCUUUCUGAGUAAUCCUUUCCAGGCCGUUGGCUGGAGUUUCGGGCUGUGCCCUCGUGAGAGCGCUUUAAUCGACCGCCUGGGUAGUGACUGCUACAGAGCGGGUCUACAUAGAGGUUAGCAUAUUCAGUGCGUUCAGUCGCACGCGCUUGGAGAGCGCUGUUCUCGGGUUUUACCUGAACUGCCUGCCUGAGGGUAGUCCGAAGGCAGAAAUGCCUCCACCACGGAGGAGGAGGGUUAAGUCCUUCACCACCGUUGUUGGCGAAAUCGGGGGACGGGAGCGGUAGUGGUAACGGAAUAGGUGGCACCGCUGAAAAAGCGGUUGUUCACCCCACAUGUUCGGUGAAGUCGGGCGAGGCGAAAAGCGGCACUGACGUAGCAGAAAAUGGCGUCGCGAGUGGAAAGGGAUCGGUGAAGAAGGGAGAGAAUAAGGGAGUAUGAUGGGGGAGGUGCUAUCAGCCAUGUUGCUGCCAUGAAGGCAGUGACAGCCGAAGGAAGCGCCUUGGUCUUCGGGUCGAAGAACUUCGAAGUCACGACUGCAAAGGGGCUGAUGGAGCUUUCAUCGAGGUACGAGGCACUCAUGAUGUCGGUAGUUACCGAGACCGGUAGUUACCGUGACCGGUAGUUACCGCGGUCAGGUCGACACGUUAAGGGCGGGUUGUGGGGGAUCCUUCCCCCAACCGAAGGUGGCCCCUGAUAGUAGCACCAAAUCCUGAAAGUUUUAAGAAUAGGAGAAUUAAGUAGUGGACGCAUGAGUUAACCCUGAAAAGGAGGACUGUCCGGCGAUUGCGACGAAAGCUUCUACGCGCUUGACGGUCCAAUUCUGAUAGGCUGUCCCAGAUUAGAUAUGAGUUUAGUUCUGCGAUGAUAUGCUUGUAAAAAUUAAAGAAGAAUAAUGGAGGAGUUUCGUGGGGGAGAAUAGGGAUGACCCCUGGGGUCAGGUCUAUAGGAUCUGCAGGGGUCGCAAGAGGGAGGAUAUCACCUCUCGCGUUGGCGACACUGUGUUAUCAACUUGGAGAAAGUGUGCGAAGGUUCUGUUAGGAGCGUUCUUUCCUAGGGCAGAGGUUCAGGCACCUCAAGCACAAGAGGUACCUGUUCCUUCACUAGAUGAUACGAUACGUCUUUGGUCUGGUUAGGUCAAAACGGCCCCCUGGUUUUGAUGGUUUGAACGGAGAGAUGUGUAAAAGCUUGUGGAAGUUCAUUCCGGAAUACUUGGAGGUCAUUUAUAAUAAGUACGUGUGGGAGGGAUAUUUUCCACGUGAGUGAAAAAGUGUCGUCCCACUCCCGAAGUCCCCUGAUAAGAUCAGGAGUGAUCCUCGUUCUUAUCGGGGCAUUAGCCUCUUUUCGGUGCUUUGAAAAGUGCUGGAGAGGGUUAGGGUGGAACGACUUCAGGAGCUAACGCGGGGUAUGUGAUCGGAUAGUCAGUAUGGGUUCAGGAAAGGACGCAGUGUGGAAUAUGCGUGAAUGUAUGUUCAGAGUGUGGUUAGGGAGAAUGAAAGCAAAUAUGUCCCUGGCAUAUUUGUUGAUUUCAAGGGGGCGUUUGACUUUCUAAUGUGGGACCGAGUGAUACAACGGUUAGAGGAACUUGGCUGGCCGGAGAUUACUCUCUGGCGGAGUUAUUUUUCGGACAGAAAGGCCUCUAUCGUUAGAAUGAAUGGGAGUAUGGAGAUUGGAGUGGCUCGUGGCUGUCCGCAGGAACCCAUGAACCCUCAUGAUGGACUCUCUGCUUGGACAGCUGUAUGGUGGAAAACAGCUACGACGGCCUUUGGUCGCCGAAAGCUCCUCUCCGUGAAGCGUUGCAUGAUGCUGCCUGUAUGUCGCACCGUUUCUUCGGAUGCCUUCUUGACGUGGUCGUCAUACAGCGUGCUGUGUCAUUCAGGUUAAGAAGGGGUCUGAGUGUGAAAAUUCGGAACGAGUUGAUUUCCCAUGAUGAUGUGGAGGGGGAGGGAUAUCUAGGGAGCAAAAGUCUUCUAGAUGAUAGGGUCAGGUGUAGGUGACAAGACCGUUGGACAACAGCUUCAAUGGUCGGGUGACUUAUGAGUACAUCCGGGACGUUAGGUAUGUAGAAGGAAACCCAGACUUCAGAUUCUGUCUGAUUCUGUCUUUCGGGGCACGUGCCUCUGAAUGCAUUUCUGCAUAUGAGACACCUUACAGGUAGGUCAGAGUGUAUGUGUGGAGCGCGUGUUGAGGAUGGGGUGCAUGUUAUAGCGGAAUGCCGGAUGUACUGAGGCAUUAGGGACCUUGCUGUAUAGGGAUUAGUUGGACUGAUAGAGGGUUAGAUGUUAUUGGUGUGAUUUCCACUAGUCGGAAUGCCGAACAGUUAGGGUCGUUUGAAAGGUUUCCGCGUGUGUUGUUUAGGCGGCGAAGGCAAUUAGCUGAAAACCGGGGUUAGAUUCUCGUAUGAAUGGGGUGUGAAUUGGAUGAGAGUAUUGAGCUCAAACCCUGGUCACCAGUACAGAGCUGGAUGGAAGCUCAACUGGUAGUAGUUUCGGCUACGAGGUCUGACCGGAGACUUAAUUCUGGUAGCACGGAGCCCUUGGAGUUCGCUCCAACCUGCUCAUGCGGACUGGCCCCUCGGGGAGUAUCGUGGAGGUUGUUGUUAAUACCCGAAUGCGGGUAGAGUGAUCUUGGUCGCUCAAUGUGGAGUUGCAUUGCAACCCGGUCCCGGACCCAAAAUACGGCGAGGUAUUAGAUAGGCCUCGAACCCCACCAAGGUGGUUAAUGUGUCCAUUCCACACGACAAUUGGUACCGAGUAAUGCAUUGCAUUUUCGGGGCGCUGAUCUUCGCAUUGAUUUGAUCCGCUGUGCAUUUGAGCACCGUGGAGUAAGGCCGUCAUCGGCAGGUACCCACGUUAAUCACACCAAACGUUGUACCUGCAACAGUAUAGCACCGCAGAAGAACUGCUAAGAAUUGGAAAUGUCCAAAUUCCGGUUGUACUUCCAAUGGUUUGACAUCAACGAAAGAUGAAUCCAUCGCGAAUGUUUAUCCGAACAUUGGUUAAAAUUAUCGUAACUACGAUAGGUAGUAGUACGCCUUAAGUUGAUACAUUUUAUUUCACUUAGCAUUAUAUGUCUGCUAAAGUUUUUUCUCAAUAAAUAACAGAAUUUCAAAACAACGAUAUGGAAAAUUUCUUCACUGUAAUUUCUUUUCGAUUUUACUUCUGCGUGAUAGUUGCCCUGGGUUUUGAAAACAGUCGUUUACUCGGCACUGAAGAGGCUACAAUGUGUAAAUAUUAAUAAGCCUAUUUAUACAACUCCGGAAACACAGUAUUCAUGUCAACCCAAAUUCUAUAGACUUCUGAUUGGUAGGGGUAACAGCCGAGAUACACUUUCUCUUCAACCUUCCGUCCCUGUAAUUGUAGAUAAAUUUGACAGAUUUCAUUUCACCUUUUGGUGGACCAAAUGUUUAUUCUGGUUCCAAACAUCAAACGAGUAUUCUGUUUCACACUCAUCCGAAGAUUCCGUUGUAUCAGCGCAAAUUAAUCGCGCUAUGAAACAAAAAAAAAGUAUUUCCUUUAGCCCUAGCAUCUUUAAAAUGAAGUAAUUUGAAUCUCUGAUCAAACGCAGUAGCCUACGCCAGAAUUAUGUAAAUUGUAUAAAUAAAUCAUAAAAGUAACCGCAGGCCAAGCGCACAUUCCCUUAACGAAUUCUCCGUAUUUUACAAAAAUCUAAUUCCAAUGUAAUAAAGGUUAUCCAAAUAGAGGGUUUCGGGUUAAUACCCGAAAAAAUGUGAAGGUGUGAAGUAAAAUUUUUAUAUAAAACAUCGACAUAAAACAUCGCUGAAAGUGACAUCGAUACAUCAUCCCUACUGGCAUGCCGCUGCAUCAUUUGCGUCUCAAAGUUGGAUCUGUCUAUACUUCGCAAACUUCAUACGCCGUACUUUAACCCGACUGAUUGUGACGCAGCCAUCGAAUAAUGUGAUAUGUGAGUUGAAAAACCAUAUUAUCUGUACAUUUACGCACCGGAACUGAAAACAAAAAUUGUUGUUUAUCCAGCUGCGUUCCAUUGAAAAAAAAAAUAGAAAAAUCGCAAAUAAAUAUUUUCAACACAACCACUUUUCCACUUCCACUUUUUUCUUUUCAAAACCAAUAAUUUCGCGCAGGGCAACGUUUGCGUCUAGUAGAACAAUAGACCACAUAUGUAUGUAUUGAGAAUGUAAACAGCGUAUUUAAAUUUAAGGAAAUCACUAAUGAAGAAUUGUAUACAUUUUGUAAAAAUCAGAUUUUGAUAAAAUACAGAAAGAAUUGCUUAGAGAUAACUGCUAUAACCGCAGUCACUGAAGAAAUAUUUAAUAACUCCUAUGCAGCAAAUAUGCAUAUAACAAAAAAAGGGGAAGAAUUUAGGCCAAUUAACACACGCGAAACAAUAGAAAAACUUUUAAAAACUGUAUGUUUAAAAUUAAUAGUUUUAAUUUUAUUCCUAAUAUUUAAGUUUAUUCCUAAUUGUUAUAAUUCUUAUCUAGCAAUGCCUUAUCUAUGCUUACUUUGUUUUCUUUCUGUUCACAUGACAUACGACCUAUGUACAUCACCUGCAAAUCACAUCGCACACGACACACAUCACCACACUCAUCACACACAUGCAACACACAACACAACCCAUCAAACAAGACAUCAACCAAACCAUCACCAACGAACUGAACUUGCUAAUAUUCACCACCCAAGUUAUUAAAAAGGAGCCAUCCGAUUGGGAUUGGCUCCCUUUCGCUUUUACUCGUGAACCAGAAGGUUAUGCAAUUUGGUGCGCCUCCAAUUUUAUUGCGGUCUGAUUGUCUUUUUCGACUCGAGUGUGUUCCGUGUGAGCAGUGUGCCCCCAAUUAAUACCAACAACAUUGUUAUUCCAUCUCAUUCUUGUGCGAUUUGAAUUGAAGUGAAAUAAAUUGUUAACUUUUGCAUAUUCUUGAAAUCGUGUAUUUACAUUUACCUUUAGAAUUUCCUUAUUAUUGCGGUCGUAUUUAAAUCCACGUAAGUAUAAUUACUCAUCUGAGUAAACACUUUCUUUUAUCAUCCACUUCUGUUUGCUAUGCUAUUUGUUUACGCGAAUGCAAUGUUACCGUAUUUCAAAUUUACAUUUACCUUUAGAAUUUCCUUAUUAUUGCGGUCGUAUUUAAUUCCACGUAAGUAUAAUUACUCAUCUGAGUAAACACUUUCUUUUAUCAUCCACUUCUGUUUGCUAUGCUAUUUGUUUACGCGUAUGCAAUGUUACGGUAUUUCAAAUUCCUACAAACUACUAUACAAAGUGCAGGACAUACAUGCACUAAUCCUUCUUUUUCUGAUGUCAAGUUAUACGGUCAAGCUGUCAAAUAAACGUAAGAUUCAAUAGGAACUCUACCCGCUGUAAAAUUAAUUAUUUAACAUUUUUUGGUGCCUCCUGUGAAGACAAAUAUUUAAAUUUUGUGUGUUAAUACGGUUGAGUAUUUUUCAUGGCGGAACUCAACUGGCGUACAUCUGCGGUAAAUUCAAUUAAGCGUAUACACGCACGUUUUUCUGAUGGCGUCAUGGAAGAUCUGGAUGUUUUUCAUCUUAAACAAGAACUCAGAUCAGUUGAAGCACACUUCGGGCGAUUCGAGGAGAAUCACAAUCAUCUGAUUGGAGGAGCUACGCCCACCGAGAUGGGUUCACAUGAUGCGCUUUGGGAAGCAGUGGAGGAGCUUUACAAGGAAGUAUGCAGUAAACUCAAUCGGUUAAUCUCAUCGUCAAAGGUCGAAUCAAUGUCACCGAUGGAGCGCGCGAUUGCCCCAUAUCAUCGCUGGAUGGCCACUUGGUUGAUCUUAAGUUAGAUUCGUUAGCUAUUCCGUCAUUCGAUGGAGACAAGUGGCUAGCGUUCAAAGAUGCGUUUGAAACACUGGUUCAUCACUCGGCAUACCCGGAAGCAUUUAAGUUGGGCAAACUUCGUCAGGCAGUCAAUGUAGCCUCAGUUCCCUUAAUUGGAGGAAUCUACUAGGGUGGCUAUCAAGAGGUGUGGAAUGCUCUGAAGGAACGCUACGACAACAAAAAGCAGCUAGCGGAACUACACGUAUCCCGUUUUCUUAACCUUAAGGCAGCUACCCUGGAGUCAUCACAAUCGUUGCUGUCAAUUGUGGACGCGGUUCAUGAGUCACUGCGUGCUCUGCGGGUGAUGGAUAUUCCUAUACAUCACUGGGAUACAAUAGCUGUGCCAAUCGUGGUGACUAAGCUUCCAGCUGUAACCAAACAGGAUUGGUGUAUGACAUGCUCUCCUACAGACAUACCACAGUUAGAAGAUAUAUUGAAGUUUCUCGAAAGACAUGCUCAUAGCCUGUCUCCGGAACCAUCGGCUGCGUUAAUGGGGUGUCAGCAACAACGGCCAGUGAGGACGCAUGUCGCGACUACAGACGCAGCGUUGUGUGCUUAUUGCAGCUUACCACAUGGAAUCGCUAAGUGUCCUACAGUGUUCGCCCUCAAUCUAGAGCAACGAUUUGAGGCGAUUAGGAGAUUGCAGUUGUGUUACAACUGCCUACGUGCUGGUCAUUCGCUAAGGCAGUGUUCCUCAGGUAAUUGCCGAAAUUGUGGUCGCAAGCACAACUCAAUCUUAUGCCGAGCUAAGGUCAAUAAUGCGUCAACGCUUUGAUCUUCACUUACUUCACCAGUAUCUGCUAACGUGCCUGCUGAGGUGCAGACAACCUCAACAGCAUGACUAGCAGCACCCGUCAGGUCCCUCGUUGUCAAUCCAAAGCCGAUCACUCUUUUAGCAACAGCAUUGUAUAUGCCAUUGGAAACGCAUCGGUGCAGCGAGUGGCCCGGGUCUUAUGUGAUCCAGGUUAGCUUCGUAACGGACCGACUAGCUAACUGUUUGCAACUAUAUCGACGAAAAUGUAACGUAAUGGUAGAAGGAGUAGGUUCUGCUAGUACUCAAGUUAACGGCAGCGUGACCUUCACUCUGAGAUCAACAACAACUAAUUUUGAGAUGCGAAUUGAUGCCUUGGUUUUAUCGUCCAUUACUUCUCCGACUCCAGCAGUGAAGAUUGACAUGAAGCAAUGGCCAUUAGGCAUAUAACUUUUUACAAUUUUUGCAAAUACGAAAAACGACAUACCAUAGUCGAAUAGAGAAUAAAAGAGUAUGAACCCCAUUAUUUUUAUUUUGUGAAAUUGCAAAAAAGUUUCCGCGCAAAACGAAAUUACUUUUUUAUCAGAACUGCUAAAAAAUAUAACAAAAAAAGUUUUGUACACUGUACACGUUUUUCUUCAUAAUAAUAGAUAUUUUUUUAACUAAUAAUCUUCCUAUUAUUCCAAACGCCUUUUAAUAGACCUAAGGGAAGUGCCCCACCCACCCCAAACUAAUUUUUCUUCAGAAAAUUCUGAUUCAAUAUAAUAAUAACACAGCUGUGCGCGCGACAAUGUCUUUACAUCUGACGAGACGAGAGCGUAGUUAGAAAUCCGUUUUUGGGCGGAACGUUUUUGAACUGAAAUCACCUAAAAAAAGUGAUAUUCUUUACUUGUACAAUAUUUGCCACCACGUGGUAGUAUGCCAAAUUUUUCGUCAAAAUUUGUUCUAUGCCUAAUGGCCAUACUUGAAAGGCUUAGCUUUGGCGGACGACCAGUUUGGUACCCCUGGAACAAUCGAGGAAUCAUUGCUCACACUCAACACGUUAGUAGAGAGAGAAGACCACCAUUUAGAAGAACUGGUGAGUAAGUUUUGGCAAAUGGAGGACAUAACGGUUGUUGACGAUUCGCAAGAGAACGAAUGCGAGCAGAUCUUCGAAACCACACAUAGCCGUACCUCAGACUGCCGUUAUAUUGUACGGUUACCCCUGCAACGAAAUGCAACGGAACUUGGUGACUCGUACAGUAAGGCAGUUUCAUAUAUUGGAGCGUCGCAUGGUUGCAGAUCCAGUUCUUAGAGAAAACUACAUUACAUUCAUGAAAGAGUAUGCCGCACUUGGGCAUAUGGAAUUGGUACAAUCACCCUACGAUCACACUAACUGCUACUAUAUUCCAUAUCAUGCGGUCACAACGAAAUUCCGCGUGGUGUUCAACGCUUCGGCACCUACCAGCACUGAAGUCUCACUGAACGACAUUCAACUGGUUGGUCCAACGCUUCAGGAUUCUCAUAGUAGUAUACUUUUACGUUUUCGACGCUAUCGAGUGGCGAUAAGUGCGGACAUCCAGAAAAUGUUCCGGCAAGUGUUGGUUGCACCUGAGCAUCACGAUUAUCAACGAAUCAUCUGGCGAGAGUCUCCGGAAGACGACAUCCAAGUGUACCGCUUAAAGACCUUCACAUAUGGGAUUGCAUACAGUCCUUACAAUGCAGUUCGUACACUGCAACAAUGUGAUUGUGGCAAUUCAACUGUGGUACCAAAUACACAGCAAGCUGCAUUUGCUCGAACGGCGAUACUAACCUCGUUUUAUGCUGAUGACUUUCUAACAAGUUGCGAAAGCGCUACAGAUGCAGUAGAACUAGCAGCGAACGUGGAUGUCAUUCUCUUUGCAGGGCAGUUUACCUUGAGAAAAUGGAAUUCGAACGAUAGUCAGAUGAUGAAGUGCUUAGCUAAUGAAUCAUCUCUUUCUAGUUACAUCUUCCAGCGAUUGUAUUGUGUUGGUUAAAGAAGAAUCCAACAACACUGAAACCUUUCAUAUGCAAUCGAGUUCGUCGAAUACAGGAGCUGACAUCCCCCGCCCGCUGGCAUCUCAUCCGUUCUGCUCAAAACCCAGCUGAUUGUGCCAGCAGAGGCAUCACACCUGAAGAGCUAUUAGUACACCCACUUUGGUGGUAUGGCCCGGACGAGACACACAUGAUCUAUUCUACUAACAACGAUACUUUGCUCAGCAAGGACGAGUCAGAAGUUAUAGUCGCUGAAACUCGUAACACUAAUAAGAUGAUUGUACUCGUUUCACAUCCAUUGUAUACACAUCGUCCAAACGGACAGACUAUUUUGUUAACUAAAUGUUUCAGUACAAUUACCCGCAUCUUGGACACAAUUGCCAUUAUUCUUCGUUAGUUACAGCGCCGACGACAUCUUCGUCAACCGGUCAUCGUUGCGCAGGAACUAGAUGACGCACAGGAACGCAAGAGGAACAUUUUGCAGAUGAAAUCUGACAUUUGAAGUCUCGUUCAGGUUUGGUAUCCUCCUCUCGAAUAUUGCCUCUAAAUCCAUUUCUAGACGAGAACCAGAUCGUACGAGUCGGUGGACGAAUUCAUAAAGCCGAAUUAGCACAUGAUCCACGAUUCCCGAUUAUCAUGCCAAAGGCAACGCCUUCCUUACCCGGGCAGAGGGUCAGAGCAGCACGGCCGUUCAUUUCAUCUGGUGUGUAUUAUUGUGGACCUUUCACACUACGUGCAGGAACGAAACGUUCGCGAACGCUCAUCAAGACAUACCUCGCCAUAUUCGUAUGUAUGGUCACCAAGGCUGUACACAUUGAAGUUGUAGAUGACCUGUCGGCACAGGCAUUCCUAGUCGCUUUCACUCGUUUAAUCAGCACACGCGGUCCUUGUCGUGAUUUAUACAGUGACAUUGGGACAGCCUUUGUUGGAGCUAACCGUCUCUUGAAGGAAGAUUUUGCAGCAUGGCAGAGUGAGAAUAAUCAGCGGUCCUUAGACAAUCAGACAAAACAGCUGAUGGAAUAUUUAGUGGGGAAUGUGCUGCUGUGCGAAAUUCCAAUCACUCUUGUGAAACCGCAAUAAAUUAUAUUAUCGAUGAAGAGAAGACAAGUGGAGCACAUUAUUUUUUAAGCGGGCUUUUGAAACAAUCGAUGGAGAUAUUGUACUCGUAAUAAAUAAGAUGCAUAAUAUUUGAGAAGUAUAAUGGAAUUGAUUCUAUCCUAAAUUGAAAAUAGAUACCAACGAUUUAAUGGGAGGAUAUGAGCUUGUAGUUGGAUCGAGAAAGGAAUACCGCAGCGUUCAAUUCGUGGACCUAUACUACUCAUACUAUAUGCAAAUGACAUUGAAAUGAAAAUAAAAAUUUUUGAAAUAAUUUCAUAACUAAUUUUUAAAAUGCGGAUGACACAUUGUUAUAUGCAGAAGGAGAAGAUGAAGAUAAAGUCUGAAUUGCUGAGGUAAUUCCUGAACCGAUUUUACUAAUUUUCACCACCAAGCGACAUAAUAACCACUUCAUUAUAUCUCACCGAUUUAUAAAGUAUAAAAUCCACCGUAAUUUUGUAAACCCUAUAUAUUGGAGCUAGGCGAAGUUAAAAUGCGACACAGAAUUACCGAUAUUUCCGGUAAUAUAUUAGCCAAAACCUUUGGUGUUCACAUGUUCGAUAUCUGGUGCCUUGAAAAGCUAUAGUCCGAUUUCGGCAAAACUUAUAUUUAUAUUUAAUUUUGUUGUGGUGGAGUAUAAAAAUUAAUUUUGUAUGAAAAGUGCUGCAGCUCUUAGCUAUAUAAUCAUAGUAAAUAUUUCAGAGGCAAACAAAAAGUGAGAAGCCAUUUCCCCAAUAAAACUUUCAGCGAUUCGUCAAGCGUUUUAUGUAUAGUAUAAUUAAUGCAUACAUAUGCAUAAAAUGCUUGACAGUGAAGUUGUUUUACUAUUUGUACAGAACACAUGGUGGGAUAAUUAUAAAGGCAUUAAAAAGAUUACUGGACUGAAAAUUGAAAAAAAAAAUAAUUCCGGCAAACAUAACUAUUAGCGGUUGCACCGAAUUAGAAACAGUCAGUUAACAUUUUGCUUAGUGCAGCACAACUUGAAACUAAUUGAAAACUUAUUUUCUGUUGUGUUCUAUUCGAAAUUUAUUGUUCAUAUUUUUUCGGGAUAAAAAACUUUUAACAAAUUUAAUAUAGCAGUAGGAGGUGAAUUUAUGCAAAGUCAGCGUUUAGUCCAAAGUGAAAAACUCUUGUGAUGUGAAAAACUUUGAAAAUGAAGAUGGAAAAUAAUUAUAUUACUUUACUGAUUAUAUUCGCUUUUAUAAAUCCCGGCUUCUCAGCGAAUUGGAAUAAAAUUACUAACGUUGGAGUGUGUGCAGAUAAAAAUGUAAAAUUACUUUCGCUGAUGAACUUGCUUUGUAAUACGACACAAACCACAUCGAUACAAAGCCGUGAUGCAUGUUAUGGUUGCUUCUUCCGUGCCGGCAAUAGUCUUAAUGGGCUUCAGCAACUUUCAUCAUUGAAUGAUUGUGUCCGUUUAUAUAUAGCGAAUUCCAGUUAUGCAGUUUGUGCUGCUAAUUUACAGGCUUCCAUCGAUGGAACUUUAAAAGAGACAUUACCUGCUGAAUUUUCUACUGGGCCUUGUUUUACGGGGUAUUGUGAGUUUGUACGUUGCGUGAGGCAUUUUAAUACCCAAAGUCUGAUUUCAACUUGUUAUAUGGAAAACCUGGGCACGAGAGCAUUAACAGACAACCUCGACCGUGUUUAUUUCUAUACGAACAUCUCAUCGUGCAUAUUAGCUAAAACGCGUUGCUCACAGUACAAUCCUAUAUCGGGAGAGUUUCAAAACACAUUUGGUACACCAGUCAAUACAGCAGCAACAGUUUGGCUUGGCGGAUCUUUGCCACUGAAGCAGUUAACGUCAUUCAACGCACUUCAUAUAUCGGAAACUGGUGAUUUGCGUGUCAUAACUUUUCCAGCAAUCACUACAGCUGCAGCCGAUCAGUUUUGCUCUCGUCGGCCCAUAUUGCAGCAGACUGGAUAUGGCGCAUUUGUAUGCUAAAAUAAAUACAUAGAAAGGCAUUUUAUAUUGUACAUACGUAUAUAUGUAUGUAAAUGAAAAUAUUUGAUAAAUUAUAGUUGUUUAAAGACCACAAAUUGUGUACUUUUUAUUUCAAAUGGUUGUUAGAUAUAUGGCUAUAAAAUUACCAUUGUUGUUUUUAUCUUAUAUGUUUGAAUAAUGAAUGAAAAAC